GGUUCCGCGUACAUAACAGCUAGCAAGCACUCAGAACUUCGUCAAACGCAGAGAAAUAUAAAAUGUCAGGCUACCCCCCUCAUCAACCACCCUCUGGCUACCCUUACGGUGCGCCACCUUCUUCUCAGUCAUAUUCCUCCGCCCCAUAUGGUGCGCCACCGCCAGGUCCACCACAGACAGGUCAAUCCUCUGCCUACACCCCUUACUCCGCCCCUUCAGCUCCUCCAUACAACAAUCCCUCCGCCCCCCACAAACCACCAAAAGAUAAUUCCUAUUCUCAGCCCUCUGCCCCCUAUGGUGCGCCUGCACCACAAUCUUACGGUGGUUAUCCUCCGCCACCCUCUGCGCCGUACGGAAGCCCCUUUGCUGCUCUCGUUCCCUCUGCUUUCCCUCCCGGCACCGACCCUAACGUGAUAGCGGGCUUCCAGAUGGCUGACCAGGAUGGCAGUGGGUUUAUUGACGAUAAGGAGCUCCAGAAGGCGCUUUCGACGUACAAUCAGAGCUUCAGCUUGAGGACUGUCCAUCUUCUCAUGUACAUUUUCACCAACACCAACAUCAGAAAGAUCGGCCCAAAGGAAUACACUCAAGUUCAUUAUAGUCUUCAGAACUGGAGGGCAAUUUUUGAGAGAUUUGACAGGGACAGGAGUGGGAAAAUUGAUUCGGCAGAACUAAGAGAAGCUCUUCUCAGCCUUGGAUUUUCGGUAUCACCUAUGGUUUUGGAUUUGCUGGUUUCCAAGUUUGAUAAAAGUGGUGGGAAAAACAAGGCUAUUGAAUACGACAAUUUCAUCGAGUGUUGCCUCACUGUUUCGGGACUGACUGAAAAAUUUAAGGAGAAGGACACUGCAUACUCUGGCUCAGCAACUUUCACUUAUGAAUCCUUUAUGCUAACUGUUUUGCCUUUCCUCAUUGCUUAAGAGUUGUGGUUUUCUCCAUUUAAUCCUCGAAUAUCCUGUUUGUUUUGCUGUAUUUGGUUCCCCAUGCGACUUUAGCCACUGGUGAGCGACUUCGUGUAAGACCAUGAUGCUAUAUAUUGUUAUUGGUGCCGCCAGAUUCCGCACGUUGCUCGUGCUAUUUUCUUGUAAUUUCGGUUUAAGUAAUAUGAUAAAUUUUCUGUUUAGUUUCAAUUAGUC